CGCGAUAUUCCGGCAUCCACCAGUGACUGGAGGGUACGGUGCAUUGCUUCAACCUUUCUCGCCGACGCUCUGGACGUGCGCAAUGCUCAUGUGGCUGCUGAUAGCGGUGUUUCUGCGACUGAUGUCGUGGAUACAGAACACUGUUUCCCAGGACUACCACGAGGACAUUGACGACAGGCACACCUGGAGCGACGUCAUGUUGCUGAUUGCCGGAACUUUAGGAGAACAAGGCUCGGACCUGAGCUCGCGCUGGGUCACGUGGCGGCUGGUGUUCCUCACGAUGCUGGUGCUCACCGUGCUGCUCAACAACUACUACGGCGCCUGCGUGGUGUCCUCGCUGCUGUCCGAGACCCCGCUCACCAUCCGCACGGUGCGCCACCUCAUCGACAGCCCGCUCCGGUUCGGCGCCGAGGACAACAACUACAACAGGAAGUUCCUGGAGUUCGACAGCGACCCGACGGUCCACGAGCUGUACCGGAAGAAGAUGGCGGGCCGGCGUGACGUGUACUCCUCGCGCGAGGAGGGCGUGCGCAAGAUGCUUCGCGACCAGUUCGCCUUCCACGUGGAGGUCAUCACGGUGUACCCGCUCAUCGAGACCACCUUCCCCGACAGCGAGAAGUGCUCGCUCACAGAGGUCACCGUGUACCCCACCGUCAAGAGCUACGUCAGUGUGCCGUUCAAGUCCCCCUUCCAGGAGAUACUCACUUCCGGGUGAGGCUUCAUCUGUCCCACACGCCACAUAGGUCAUUUCCUUUCCUUGUCAAACUAUUGAGGGAUUGUCCUGGAAAUUCAUCCUGAUAGCUCUCUUGGAUGUUAUGUUUCGUCUCAUAAGUUCUCAACGGAUAUGUAACGUAAUCAGGGGCGCAACAACAGGGGGGGGCAAGGGUAUUUUGCUUCCCCCCCCCCUCUUAAACCUUAAAGUGGGGGCAAACGAGGGCAAAGAAAGUGCUGUGUAAUCAAUUUUUAGAUAAUAAAACUGCUUAAAUAGCACCAUUUUUCACCUUGAAAUACAAAUUUUCCCGGGGGAGGACCCCCGGACCGCCCGCUUCAAUAGGGGGGAUCGAUGAUUCUAUUAAUAAGGUAUAUUGCCCCCCCUUUGGAAAUUUAGUUGUUGCGCCCCUGAACGUAAUAUUAACUAAGGGUAGUAAAUAUUUACGCAAGUAAGUGUUCAUAAUUAUCAUUAACGUGUAUGACAGUUUACCACUUGAGAAUAACAGUUAGUAAAUAUCUGGUGAUAAAAUAGGUCAUUCAACAACAAACGCAAGGCAGCUAACGGAAUGAAUUCAAAGAAAAUGAAAUAAAUUGUUCGGCAAGGUUAACAUCACGUCAUUCACGUUCUGAAUACCACGGAUGUUUUUUUACUUUAUAAGCAUUAAAAGUUAAGUUUUGUUGUCAAUUUUGUGCCAAAUAUAUUAUAAACAUUUGCGAAAA